ACCAGCGGAGCAGAAAUAAACUUUCCUUUCUUGGCUAAGUUAGAUGGAUGGUCCCCAUUAGGUUGGCGAGCCGCCCCCCUCCUGCCUCCCCACCAACUCCCCUUGUCAAAGGGGGUGCUUCGGUGUGCGGGGGAGGCUGGGGGGCAAGAGCAUUUGGGUGGGGGUUGGGGGCACCCUGCCCCUUGAGCAGGAAUGGUGCCCCCAGGGAAGAAACCAGCCGGAGAGGCUUCCAACUCCAACAAGAAGUGCAAGCGUUACUUCAACGAGCACUGGAAAGAGGAGUUCACCUGGCUGGACUUUGACUACGAGCGGAAGCUGAUGUUUUGCCUCGAGUGCCGCCAGGCCCUGGUGCGGAACAAGCACGGCAAAGCGGAGAACGCCUUCACGGUGGGCACCGACAACUUCCAGCGCCACGCCCUGCUGCGCCACGUGACCUCAGGGGCCCACCGCCAGGCUCUGGCCGUCAACCGGGGCCAGCCCGCUUUUGAGGGCCAGGCGGAGGGCAGAGGGGCCUGCCCGGGCCUGGCGACCACCCCUAGCUCCAGGGGCAUCAAGGUGGAAGCGGACCCGGCCAAAGUGGCCAUGCUGACCACAGUGUACUGCAUGGCCAAGGAGGACGUGCCCGACGACCGCUGCUCUGCGCUGCUCGAGCUGCAGAGGUUCAACCUGUGCCAGGCCCUGCUGGGCACAGAGCACGGCGAUUACUACAGCCCCAGGAGGGUGAGGGACAUGCAGGUGGCCAUUGCCAGUGUCCUGCACACAGAGGCCUGCCAGCGCCUGAAGGCAUCCCCGUAUGUGGGCCUUGUGUUGGACGAGACCAGGGACUGGCCUGAGUCCCACAGUCUGGCCUUGUUUGCCACUUCGGUGUCCCCCUGCAAUGGCCAGCCUGCCACCACCUUCCUGGGCAGUGUGGAGCUACAGGAAGGCGAGGCCACCACUGGCCAGCUCCUGGACAUCCUGCAGGCUUUCGGCGUGUCUGCAUCCAAGCUGGCCUGGCUCAGCUCAAGCCUCCCCAGUGACCGCCUGGGGAGCGUGGGCCCGCAGCUCCGGGCCGCCUGCCCACUGCUCAUGGAGCUACACUGCCUCCCGGGCCGGACACAUCCCCAGCCCCCUGCCUACCUAGGUGAAUAUGAAAGUGUACUGGAUGCCCUAUUCCGCCUCCACGGUGGCCCCAAUUCCCACGUGGUCCCUGAGCUCCGGGCGGCACUAGACCUUGCAGCUAUCGACCUGGCAGGACCACGGCCAGUGCCCUGGGCCUCCCUGCUGCCUGUGGUGGAAGCAGUGGCUGAGGCUUGGCCUUGCCUGGUGCCCACACUGGAGGCCUCUGCCCCAGCCUCUCCCGCAACCAGGGCACUGGCCCUUGCCCUGCGCCAGUUCACCUUCGUGGCCUUCACCCACCUCCUGCUGGAUGCCCUGCCCUCCGUGCAGAAGCUCAUCCUUCUCCUGCAGCCAGAAGAGCCGGACUUGGCCUUGCUGCAGCCUCUGGUGAUGGCAGCUGCAGCGUCUCUCCAAGCGCAGCGCAGCUCAGGUGGGGCGCGCCUCCAGGGCUUCCUGCAGGAACUGGCAUCCUCCAGCCCCGACCUGGGCCGCGGCCGCUGCACCUACCGCGGCGUCGAGCUGGUGGGCUACUCCGAGGCUGCGGUCCAGAGCUUGGAGCGGCUGCGGGGGGCCUUCCUGGACUCCAUGCGGAGGGGGCUGCGGGACUCCUACCCCGGGCCCUCGCUGGACGCCGUGGCCGCCUUCGCGGCGAUCUUCGACCCCCGCCGCUACCCGCAGGCCCCCGAGGAGCUGGGCGCGCACGGCGAGGGGGCGCUGCGCGUCCUGCUGCGCGCCUUCGCCCCCGCGGUGGUGCGCCAGCGGGCCCUGGGCGACUUCGCGCUCUUCAAGCGCGUGGUGUGCAGCCUGGGGCGGCUGGGCCCGCGGGCCCUGUGCGCCAAGCUGGCGUGCGCGCGCUCUGAACUGCACGAGCUCUUCCCCGACUUCGCCGCCCUCGCCGCGCUGGCCUUGGCGCUCCCCGCGGGCGCCAGCCUCCUGGACAAGGUCGGCCGCAGCCGGGAGCUGCGGUGGUGGGGGCCGGGCGGGGCGGGGGAAGGCCGGGGCGGCCCCGCGGUGAAGAUCGCCGUGGACGGGCCGCCUCUGCAGGAGUUUGACUUCGCGCUGGCGGUGGAGUUCCUAGAGAGUGGGUGGGGUGAGGGGCUCUUGGGCUCGCAGCCGCUCACGUGA